AUGCUGGAACCCCUCCCUGUAUUAGGCUGCCUGCUUCUCCUCUCCUUGCUGGGCCCUGGCUCCCCCUCUGACAGUGAUGGCACCAUGGUGAACACCACCAGUGGCCCUAUCCGGGGCAAGCGUCUCCUGGACGGCUCGAGCACUGUGACGGCCUUCCUGGGCAUCCCCUACGCUAAGCCCCCCGUGGGGACCUUGCGCUUCCAGAAGCCACUUCCCCACCAGCCCUGGACAGAUGUCCUGGAGACCACCAGCUUCAGCAACUGCUGCCACCAGCUUAUAUUUAAGACUUUCCCUGGUAUGGAAGUGUGGAUGCCCAGUGGACCAUUUUCUGAGGACUGCCUCUUCCUCAAUGUCUGGGUUCCCUAUCCCCAGCCAUCUGCCCCAGUCCCCAUCCUUAUCUGGAUCCACGGUGGGGGCUUUGUCGGUGGUGCAGCCUCCCUGCCCGCAUACGAUGGGCGCUUCUUAGCUGCUACUGAGAACGUGAUAGUGGCCUCCAUGAACUACCGGCUGGGUGCUCUGGGCUUCUUGUCUCUGCCACCAGCUGCCCCAGGGAACACUGGUCUAUGGGACCAGCAGCUGGCACUGCGCUGGCUGCGGGAUAACGCAGCUGCCUUUGGUGGGGACCCUGAUCGCUUGACCCUCUUUGGUUCAAGUGCCGGAGGCGCCUCAGUUGACUUCCACCUCCUCUCGCCAGUCAGCCAGACCCUGUUCACCCGGGCUGUGAUGCAGAGUGGAGCUGCUACUGCAGCCUGGGCUUGGGUGGCCCCAGAGGAAGCAAAGCAGAGAAGCCGGACCCUUGGCCAGCUGCUGGGCUGCCCUGAUGGAGAUGACACUGCCCUGGUGAGCUGCCUUCAGGGAAAGGAGGCAGAGGAGAUCAUCAAAAACCAGGUCUCUGUUGUGAGAGACCCAGCACUGCUAGAUUUCUUCUUCUUGCCCACUGCAGAUGGGGAAUUCCUCCCAGAUGUACCUCAGAAGCUUCUGGCGGCUGGAUACACGCAGUCUAUACCCAUCCUGAUGGGCUUUACUGCCAAUGAAGGAUCCAUGUUUUUGUUUUUGAAUGACUUCCCCUUCAACCUGGGAAAUGCCAGUGAGAUUGGCUGGGAGGAGCUGCUGCUGGUGGUGAGGAAGACAGUCCCUGGGGCACCAGAAGCAACUGUGAGGGCCAUUGCACAGCGGUACAGCCAGGAGGGGCAGGGUGUGGAGCAGCACCGAUGGGCCAUGGAUCACGUGGUUGGUGACUAUUACUUUUCAUGCCCUGUAGCUGAGGCAGCCAGAUGGGCAGCAGAGGCCCGGAGCCCUGUGUAUGCUUAUUACUUUACCCACCACACCACUGUCUUCCCAUUGCCAGAGUGGACUGGGGUAGCACAUGCCUCUGAAACACCCUUUGUGCUUGGCACCCUGGCGGCUACAAUUGGAGCCAACCAGAGGUACACCGAGGCUGAAGGAGAGCUGAGACGGAGACUGAUGCGGUACUGGGCAGAGUUUGCCAGGAGUGGGAACCCGAUGGCGGCAGAGGGCAGUGAGGAGCAGUGGCCCCCCUUCACUGCCACGCAGCAGAGUUUCCUCUACAUCAGCACGGAGCAGACCCAAGUCAGGGACGUGUGGCCUGCCCGGCACUGCAGCUUCCUGUCAUCGCUCCUACAUAAGAGUCAAGCCCCUCAGCCUGACCAUGCAGACACCCAGUCCCAGCUGAACAAGCAGAGACAGAUCCGUGACCUCUGAGGAGGGGACUGCUGGAUGCUUUCUGAUAUCAGUAGCAACUUUACAAUGCUUGAUCCAAUGCCAUGCCACGCCAGCGAACAAGUUUGCUGCAUCGCUCAUCUCUCUGGAGAACAUCUGUCCAAACCUCCUUGGACACUUCCUUUAAGAAAGCAGGCAAGACUCCAGAAAAAACCUGCAGCCAGGACUUCUGAGAAGACGCCAGCCAAGAACCCUUCAAAAAGUCCAACCAAGAGCCCUUCAAAAUGUCCAGCAAAGUCUCCUCAAAGAAGUCCUUCCAAAUUAAUGUGAUUAUAAAUUAAUUAUAUUUACAAUAUAAAUACAUUACUGUAGCUAUA